ACCAGACCAGAGGCCCCGGAGAGACUCCCUGUUCUUCUGAUAUGGAAAAGAGCAGAGACGCCCUUCUGAGCUUCACAGUAGCAGAGAUCCUUGAAAUCUGCCAAGGUGUGCAAGCAGAACAUCGUGUGACCCCCGAGCACGCCUCUAAUCCUCCCAUGGACCAAAAGAGCUCAACUUUGGGGUGGCAGGAGCCUCUGGACGACGAGGCAGGGACGGAAUGCCCGAGGGACCAGGAGGACAUUCUUCUGUGUGAAGGUGUGCAGCAACAAGAUAAGGACCUGUCGGCUGAAGAAACAAUAUUUUUGAAGGAGUUUCCCAUCUUCAAAGAGGAGCUAGAAGUGGAAAUUAGAGAGCUCCAUGCCCUUGCAGAUGACAUAGACACAGCCCACAGAACAGUCACCAAGGCCAACAUGGUGGCCACCUCCAUCACUGUGGUCUCAGACGCCAUGAGCAUCCUGGGUCUGGUCCUCGCGCCAGCAACAAUAGGAGGAAGUCUUGUGCUCUCUGCCGCUGGUAAAGCUCUGGGGACAGCAGCCGGCCUCACCAGCAUCUUCACUGACGUUAUGGAACACUUCCAGAAUCAAGAAGCUCAAACCCGGGCCAGCAGCCUAGAGUUCACCUGUGACCACGAGGUCAAGGAGGCUCAGGGAAAGGUCUUCCAUGCCAUGAGUGUCGGAAAGAAGGCCUUCAAUUGCGGAAGUAACAUCAGGAAUGUCAAGAGGAACAUAUGUGCCUUUCAGGCGGCCAGAGCCCACCCACGCCUGGCCACUGCCGCCAAGCGUCUCCUGACCACCCGCCAACUCUCGGCCCGAAGGAGCAGGCAGGUGCAAAGGGUCUUUAAGGGCACAGAGGUGCUGUUAAAGAAAAGUGCUCGCGUGCUGUGUGGUGCUGUGACUGGCUUCUCCCUCUGCCAGGACAUGGUCACCCUCCUGAGCGACUGGAGGCAACUGAAGGAAGGAGCAAGAACCAAGAUGGCGGAAGAGCUGAGGGCCCAUGCUUGGGAGCUGGAAGACCAGCUGACAGAACUCACUCAGCUCUACGAGAGCCUUCAGCAGCAGAACCUCUUGCAAGAGAAAAGGCCCAGGAUCUCAUCUUCAGAAGGAGCUGGGGGUCUCUGGCUCCGCCCCCAGGCAGGUGUGGUGACAGAAGAGGAUUAGGGCGGGCUGAGUCCAGGCACCUCUGAGCAGAAUUAAAGGGGACAGGGUAGGGACAGGCUGGAUUGGCAGAGGCGAUGCCUGGAGACUUAGCCACCAGGAGGUCAAACUGUGGCCUGAGGGCGCCGUCAGUGAGUGAUUGUGGCGAGGUCCGCCUGUCCUGCCUGUCCUUCGCCACGUUGCUUCUUCACUGUCCCCCAUCCCUUCGCUCGGGCGCUGCCUCAUUCCCGCUGCUUCUCCUGUGUCCCACUCCCUCACGUGCACACAGUAGGUCUGCAUGAAGCAUGUAGCGAUUCGUGUGGGCUCUAUAUCCCACGCAGAGGACAGGACAAGAGGGUCCCUGAGGUGAGGGACACCUCGAGCUCACCUUUCCGUGGCCCCGGCUGCCUGCUGUGCUCCUCCCUUCCCCAUCAGAGGUAACGCUGGGUGAGACCGGGGUUUGCACUCACUGGAUCCUGCUCGACCAGAUUCCAUCCGGAAGGAGAGAGGCCCAGGAGCCCUCCUCUCCUCCCCAAGUUCAGAGCAACUUAGGAUGUCCUCGGAAUCUGCAAAGACCUCUCCAGGCUUCCCAAAUCACCUGUCUUCAACCUACUUCUUUCUUAUGUUUUAGCUACUAUUUUGAAAGCAGUGCAUGGACAUUAAAUUCAAGUUUUUAAAAAUCAG